AUGGAUGGUGUUAAACCUAUUCAAACACCAAUAAGUACUUCUGGUGACAUAUCUUAUGAUCGUAGUACCUUAUUAACUGAUGCUACUGAAUAUCGUAGCAUUGUUGGAUCCUUACAAUAUUUGACAUUUACUCGUCCUGAUUUGGCGUAUGUUGUUAAUAAGGUAUGUCAUUUUAUGCAUGCACCCACUGUUUUUCACUGGAGUCUGGUAAAGCGUAUACUUCGUUAUCUUAAAAACACGUCUACCUUUGGCAUACUUCUUCGACCAUAUCCUUCUCUACAAUUAUCUUUCAGUGCAUAUGUUGAUUCAGAUUGGGCUGGUUCUCUUGAAGAUCGACGUACUAGUGGUUAUUGUAUUUUCUUGGGUGGUAAUAUUAUUUCUUGGAGUGCUCGUAAGCAGAAAAAAAUAUCUCGUUCAAGUACUGAAGCAGAAUAUAGGGGACUUGCAAUUGCUACUGCUGAAAUUAUGUGGAUUUAA